UUUCUCUUGACAAGAAUCUAUUCGUCUUGACUACCUGUAUUUUUACACCAUCUUCUCUUCACCAUGGCUAAUUACUAUCCCAUUACCGGCAUCCCGGUUCCCGUUGGACAAGACCCGCCUCCACGGCGAGAGAUUUCCAGCUGGGCGGUAUCCUCCGAGCCUGUUGACCAAAUUCAAGUCUCUCUCUUUAUUCGAGCUGUGCGCAAGCUGCAAGAAAAGAAUCCAAUUAAGGAUAAACUCUCCUUCUACCAAAUUGCUGGUAGGCAAUGGCUUAAUUUCUCUUGCAACAAGCGCAUACUAACGAUACCGCAGGGAUCCAUGCAAUGUCUUUACAACAUCAUGAAGAAUGAAAUCAUUCCCACCAUUCCAGAUAGCAACUCUGCAAAGGAGGCCUGGAAGCAGGCAGCGGAGACGUGGCGUCUCCCUUACUGGGAUUGGGCUCUUCCUCAAGUUGACUACGGAGCCCAUGAGGAAAAGCUUGGUGUCCCGAAGCUCGUGGCUGACAGCCAAGUCUGGAUCCUCAAGCUUGGAGAAAAGGAGAAGGAAUCGGUUCCAAAUCCCCUUUACAAGUUCACUAAUAAACUGAACGGCGAAGAGGUGAAUGUGGGUGACAAGCAAAAAAUGGGGGACUUUGCCAUCGACUUUACAAAAAAACCCAUCUUCAGCAAUUGGAUUGGUACCAGCCGCUAUGCUGACCCCAACGACAGCAUGAAAUGGGUAAAUGGGGUGCAGAAUAACAAUGAGGUCACUAGCAGCUUUACCAAACACGCCUGGAAACAGGGCGGAGGCAAUCAGACUAUUGCGCACAACGUUUUCCGCAUCCUCAGCGAUAAUUACUUUAAAUCGUAUGGAACGUUUGCGAGUACACGAUACAAAAACGAGCUUCCGAUUAAGAUCGCCACCGACUUUUUCUCCUUAGAAGAGAUCCAUAACCAUAUCCAUCUCUGGACAGGAGGAUCCAGCGGACUGCAGGGUCACAUGGCGAAUGUGCCUGUCGCAGCAUUUGAUCCUGUCUUCUGGCUGCACCACUGUAAUGUCGACCGGCUGUUUGCUAUAUGGCAAUUCUUGAAUGCCGAUAAGUGGUUUGACAACACAUGGGGAGAUGACCGGGACCCUGCCCUGAAAAACUUAAAGCCUUUUCAUAAGAACACUGAAGGGGAAAUCUACUCUUCAGAUGGUGCUAGAGACUUUACAAAAUUGGGCUACACUUAUCCUGAAUUGGUGAAUACCAAUAUCGACAAGCUGAAGAGGGUUAUCAGCAGCAAAUAUGGUAACAGUGUCACAGUUCUCAAGGAGAUGAAAACAACCGAAGGGCGCCUGGUCGACGGUGUUGAAGAGCAUUAUUUUAAUGACUAUCUCAUCAAUAUUGAAUACGAUCGGUACGCGCUGGAUGGCGAGCCAUAUAUUGUUGAUUUCUACGUGAAGGGGAAAGACCAGCCCGGCAGAGUGGGGCAAACUCGGCAUCUGGGCUCCUUUUUUAAUUUCUCUGCUCCUGUGCUGCCUGACUGUGAAAACUGUGCAGACCAGAAACAGAGUGGUGUGAAAUCAAAAGCACAAGUACCGAUCACCCUCCCUGUCUGCAAUUUAGCGGUGGAUACGGAAUUCCCCGAUGUAACCAGCUUGGUGCUCGGUCAUGUUGGAGUCCAAUUACAAGACCAGCUUUUCUGGACUGUCUCUACGCCGUCUGGCCAAGAGAUUCCUCUGGAACACCUCAAGGGGCUGCAUGUCACAGUCCACGUUGGCACAGCUCAAUACCCAACUGAUGCUUCAAUAAAAGUCUUCCCAGAUAAAUAUGACCUCCUUUUGGAGAGCGACGAGAACAACAAGCUGCAAAUGCGCGACGCGCUAAGACGUGAGCUGCGCUAG